AUGACAACUAAUAAUAAUUCACUUGUUGUCAUAUGUGAUGAUUUAACUCAACUUAAAGGAAAUAUUGCUCAAUUGCAAGGUACAUUAAAAGGAAUAUUUGAAAAAGCACCAACAAGAGAUGAAUAUCAAGAUUUAUUAAAACUUGCAGAAAAUAGAGAUUACAAUCAAAAUCAAGCUUUAAUUGAUAGAUUAAAACUGUUCAUUGAUAUACCUCAUAUAUUGAUUGCUAUCAGAAUGAGAGAAUUAUAUGAAACUGGUCAUUUACCUUUAUUAUCAUUAUUUUACCAUGUUGAUUUCAAAAAAGCUACAACCCAAGAUAAAGUUGUUGGUGACCUACUAGACUAUAAUCCAACGUUUUCAGAUGACUUAAAGAUAUCUGUUCAAAGAAUGAAUAAUACUGUGAAAUCGAGUUCAAAACAAAUGAAUAUAAAUGCAUACCCUCCUAGUUUACCCCCAAUUGAUAGUGAAAGAUUGUUAUUGAGAGUUAGAACUGAUAGAUCAUUUCGUCAAUUAUCUGACUUUUUGGAAGUGUCUCCUGCCGAUUAUAAUAAAACUCAUAAUGCAAGAUUAGGUUUAAAAGGUAGAAGUACAUUAGAAUAUCUCCUAUUACAAAUAUUAGAUGAGAAAUAUCCAAAUCUUUAUGAAGAAGAUAUUAUUGUUUUAAAGCAGAGUUUAAUGUCUGAUAUGAUAUUAGUAAGCUUCGCGUAUGGUUACAAGUUAGUUCCAAUUUUAAGAUAUAAUAUUUCGGUCAAUGCUGAUAUUGAAGAAAAGAUUACAUGUAUUUCAAAUAUAUUCUUAGCUUAUAUUGGUGCAUUAGAAUUGAAUUCAUAUACUCUUUCUGAUAUCAAAAAGUGGAUUUCAAAGCUUUACGAUCCUUACAUUACCAAUGCUUAUGUCAAACAUAGUCCGGUUGUUAGUUUUCCAAUUGUCGAAUUAUCUGGUUUAUUCCAUUCAAUUACAAAUUUAAAAAUGCUUCCAAAGGAAACUAUCAAUUUUGAAAUUAUACAAACUAGUAGUGAACCUUUUACUGCACAAGUUUUAAUUAAUGAUGAAAAAUUUGGUUAUGGUACUUCAAAUAUUAGUUUUGAAGAUGCUAAAAUUAGAGCUGCUCAAUCAAUUUUAGAAGAUAGAGAAACUGUGCAUCAUUUAUUUGAAAUAUUAACUCAAAAUUAUGUUCGUAACAAUAAUUAUACCCAAGGACAACAAGCACAACAACAACAAAUGAUUUCUGCAGUACCGUAUAAUGGUCCUAAACAAGUAAUCAAUCAGCAGCAACUCACACCAUAUCAUCAAUCUCCACCAUUUAGUCCUCCUGCUCCUCAACCAUAUCAACAAUUUCCAGGUCAACAAUUUCGUAACUCAGCUUCUUUUCAAAACAAUCAGCCAAUACCACCACCUAAUUUUUCUUCACAAUCAGCUGGUUCGUUUAUACCAAGUGUUGCAACUCCGCAACCAUUUUAUGGUCAAUGUCCUCCUGUUUCAAUGCCAGCUGGUACAACUGUUCCUGUUCCUGUUCCUCAAAACAAUGGAGAUAAGCCUGUUCCAUAUAUUAGAAAUCCAGAAGGUAUAUAUGAGUUAAGUCAUUAUUUUAAAGAUGUUGAUUUACAAGCAAAAGCAGAUUUACAUGCUUUGUUGGGGAAAGUUCAUUUAACUGCUGUUUAUAAAGAAGAUUAUUUUGAAAAUGAAAGCAAGACCAAAAUUUAUGUUAAUGAAGUUUAUGUUCUAGAUAGAUUAUUAGGUAGAGGAUUUGAUACAAAGAAGAAGAUCAGUGCUCAAAAAGCUGCAAUGUGUGCAUUACAAGAAAAGGAAAAGUUGCAACAAAUUAUUAAUUUUUAA